CGAGUGUUUUCAAGAGAAAAACUUUUUUCAGUCAGUUCAGCAACGUUGUACGAUAAACAGCGUCAGAAGAUUUUAUUAAAAAAAUGAUUAAACAUUUCUUUUAGACUCAUUUCGCGGAUUAAAAUCUGAAAGAAAUAAUCGAGGGAUUUAACGAUAAGAAAUUUUACUUAAAUUGUAUUUAAUCGUGUUUGUGUUUUGACAGUGACAAUGAAAAUUGUGAGAUUCCGGUGAAACGAUUCUACACUUUACUUCUUUCAUUUGUUAGUUUUAUUAAAAAAUUUAAAUUGCACUCAUCACGAUCUGGAAGUGAAUUAACAUAAAGAAAACAUACCUCAUGAUUGAUGGCGUGUCCAUUUAAAGUGUGGCCCUUCACCUUGACGCAUAAAUUGAAUAAGAAAAAUAUAAAAAAAACGCUUUGUCGUUGAUAAAUUAUUGUGAAAGUUCAAACAGCAGUGAGAAGAAAAUACUUAAUUUAAGUUCGAUUAAGCACCGAAGAAUCAUUGCUUGUUUACUUUUAUUAUUGUGUGUUUUCGCGUGAUAAAAAAGACGAUUAAAAGAAAACAAAUUCAUCAUGAAGAGCGCAGCAUCGUCCAAUGGAGUUAUUCUGUUAAAAUGUAAGCUAACCAAAUCUAAAAAAAUUUCAAAAUAUUAGCUC